AGGCCAUGCAGACCAUGCAACAUUCGCAUUUUCUUAAACAAAGAGUUAACAAUAAACUGAUAAACGCUUCUUUUUUUUUUUAAUCAUUGUUGAAAAAAAGAUGGCAUUUAUGCGUUCCUUAUCUGAGGAAGACGGACUGAAGCCAGAUGUUGUUUGUGAUGCAGAUUUCAAAUCCAUAAACUUCAAUAACUCUGAAUAUGAUUCUUUGGAUCAUUCAACUGGGCAAUCGUUCCUACUUUUAGAUGCAAAUGAACAUUUGCAUAUCGCAACACCGGAACUUUUUUGCAAAAAACUAAAAUGUCCAGACGCGGCUAAAAUAAAGGUGGUUUCCAUAUUUGGAAACACGGGCGAUGGAAAAUCUCACACAAUGAAUCAUGCCCUAUUCAAAGGAGAAGAAGUAUUUAAAACCUCUCCUGAACAGAAAUCUUGUACUCUAGGUGUCUAUGCCGCCAUUCAAGAAGAUCUCGGAGUUUUAUGUUUAGAUACAGAAGGUCUACUCUCGACGUCAUCGCGCAAUACUAAACGUAUGCGUAUGUUACUUAAAAUAUUAGCCAUAUCAGAUAUUGUUAUCUAUCGGACACGGUCCGAAAGGCUUCAUAGUGAUAUGUAUGAAUUCCUGGGGACAGCCUCGAAAGCAUUUUGUUUGCAUUUUUCACAAGCUUUACAGUCGAUGUCGAUUCCCGGUGCAACUAAUUUGGGCCCUGCUGUUAUUAUUUUCCACGAAACUAAACACACUAACCCUUUGGAAAAUUCAGUCGAAGAGAGCGCUGAGGAAAAAUUACGUGAUUGUUUUAAUCGAUUUAAUUAUGAUAUUAAAGCGUUCAGCUCAUUACGUUACGUAGGCAUUCAAACAUCGAUCACUGAAACCACUGACUACAACAAACUUAUAGCCGCAUUAAGAAUGGAAUUAGAAAAUACAACAGUACGUUCUCCUCGUCAGCCUAGCGUAAUUUUUAAGGCAAUACGGGCUCUUAAUAAAAAAUUUGCUGGCGAGAUUAUAGAAAAAUCUAUAAAUCCAUUUCCGGAACAGUAUUUCACCUGUCCUGUAUAUUGUGACUCCUGUAAUAGACGUUGUCAACGCUCUAUGGGACAUGAUGGCGACAACCAUCUUAACUCCCAGCCAUGUCAACAUCAGCACCAGUUUGAAAACAAGGUGGAAAUUUGUAAGUCCUGUUACAAUAAUGGUCGGGAGGUGGUUGUAAUACGUAAAGAAACAUGGACGUAUAGUAUAAUCGAUUGUCCUCAUUGCGGUGAGAUAGCUAGGAAUUGGAAGUAUUGGGGGAGCACCACAGAUUCUUCAGCUGUACGAUCGCAAACUAUUCAUGUUUGGAAGGAUGAGAACGUAAUAGCCAAGGGCCCUAUUCAUUCAGGUCAAAUAAUGUUGGACCGCGUUAAUUACGUAUAUGAAGCCAUAAGUAAUAUAUCGUCCCAACCCGCUGGAGCACUUAAGGAAUGGUGCGCUGAUAAAGUUGCCCCCAAAUAUUGGAAACCCAAUCAUGAAAUUAUUAACUGCUCUUCCUGCAAGAAAAACUUCGAAAAAUAUGGCAUACGUAAACAUCAUUGUCGUGGUUGCGGGAAAGGUUUUUGCGAUGCUUGCACGCAAAAUAGAAUGCCAGUACCAUCCCGGAAAUGGAACGAACCAGUGAGAGUAUGCAAUGACUGCCGUCAGCAAUUACUAAAGCAUCCAGACAAAGUACCUCACAGUACUAACACUAGUAAUGACGAUACGAAUUUAGGUAUUGUACAGUUAAGUCCCGAAGCUGAUGUGACAGCUCGGAAAUGUGGGGAAACUUUGUACAACACGGUGUCGAAAGUCGCGUCCGUUGCAUUGGAGUGCACAAAAGAAAUCAUAAAAGACUCUGCACGUCCGGAUUAUUGGAUACCAGAUGUUGAGGCGCUUCAGUGCAGUAUUUGCAAGGUGCCGUUCGGAACAGCAGAAGAAUUAGUUUCAGUCCACUUAAAUAACAAUACAUUAAGUCCUGAAAGGAUGUUCACGGGUGGCGAUUGUAAACGUCAUCACUGCCGCAAGUGUGGUCAGGGUAUCUGUUCUAAGUGCUCACAGUCCCGUCAAGCCGUACCUGAACGUGGUUGGUUUGAUGAGGUCCGUGUAUGCGAUUCCUGCGCCAACGACAAAUUAUUAACCACCUGUAAUCUUACUAAUGGUACCACGGGCGACAUCAAAUCCAAAACUGAUUAACUUUUUGGCAGUGUGAAAGACAAUAGUACUUUUGUUUCUUAAAUAUUUUUACUCUUUUUUUUUUUUUUUAUGAUAAAUUUCCUAACUAUAGGCUUAACAAUACUGCUCAUAUAAAUAUAUUCGCAGAGAAGUGUUCUCGUUUAAACUUUAUAUAUAUGUAUAUUUAUAUUUAAUAUAUGUACGUAUUGUGUUGAAGGGGUGCACCACUCCCAAAUAAGCUAA